AAUCCUCCAAACACAGACUGUUUGACUUAGAAUCUUCCCUUUUUUACUCCAUUCAAGAGCAGCAUUCAUAAAUUUCCAGAAUGGAGAUCUCCUCUCAUCAGUCUCACCUCCUGCAGCAACUGAACGAGCAGCGCAGGCAAGAUGUAUUUUGUGACUGCAGUAUUCUAGUUGAAGGGAAGGUCUUCAAAGCACAUCGAAAUGUAUUAUUCGCUAGUAGCGGCUACUUUAAAAUGCUUCUUUCUCAGAAUUCAAAGGAGACAAGUCAGCCAACCACAGCUACAUUUCAGGCUUUCUCCCCUGACACUUUUACAGUUAUCUUGGACUUCGUAUAUUCUGGCAAACUGUCUCUUACUGGUCAGAAUGUCAUAGAAGUGAUGUCGGCUGCUAGCUUCCUUCAGAUGACUGACGUCAUAAGUGUAUGUAAGACUUUUAUUAAAUCUUCCUUAGACAUUAGUGAGAAAGAAAAAGAUCGCUAUUUCAGUCUCUCAGAUAAAGAUGCCAAUUCUAAUGGUGUAGAACGUUCCUCUUUUUAUAGUGGUGGCUGGCAAGAAGGAAGCAGUUCUCCACAUUCUCACCUAAGCCCAGAGCAAGGAACAGGUAUAAUAAGUGGAAAAUCUUGGAAUAAGUAUAAUUAUCAUCCAGCCUCCCAGAAGAAUACUCAACAACCCUUGGCCAAGCAUGAACCAAGGAAAGAGUCCAUUAAAAAGACCAAACAUUUGAGAUUGUCACAGCCUUCUGAAGUUACUCAUUAUAAGUCAAGCAAACGAGAAGUACGAACAUCUGAUUCUUCCAGCCAUGUUUCCCAGUCUGAAGAACAAGCACAGAUUGAUGCCGAAAUGGACUCUACUCCUGUUGGUUAUCAGUACGGUCAAGGAUCUGAUGUCACAUCCAAAAGUUUUCCAGAUGAUCUGCCUCGGAUGCGAUUCAAGUGCCCGUACUGCACACAUGUGGUGAAGCGGAAGGCAGACCUAAAGCGCCACCUUCGUUGUCAUACAGGAGAAAGGCCCUAUCCAUGUCAGGCUUGCGGGAAAAGAUUCAGCAGGCUAGACCAUCUAAGUAGCCAUUUUCGAACAAUUCACCAGGCAUGUAAACUCAUCUGCAGAAAAUGUAAACGUCAUGUGACAGAUCUAACAGGGCAAGUGGUUCAGGAGGGAACCAGGCGCUACAGACUGUGUAAUGAGUGUCUUGCAGAAUUUGGCAUAGACAGCCUCCCCAUUGACUUGGAAGCUGAACAACAUCUUAUGUCCCCAUCAGAUGGAGAUAAGGAUUCCAGAUGGCACUUGAGUGAAGAUGAGAAUAGAUCCUAUGUGGAGAUUGUAGAAGAUGGGUCUGCUGAUCUGGUCAUCCAGCAGGUUGAUGAUAGUGAAGAAGAAGAAGAAAAAGAAAUUAAGCCCAACAUUAGGUAGCUGUAAUGUGAACCAACAGAGCUGGCAUGUCUGCAAUUUACAUUGACUUCCUGUAUCUCUCUCUUUCUGUGGUCAGAGUCUAGUUAACAAAUUUAUCACACUGACUUUAAAGAAAUGAUCUGAUAUAACUUGCAUGCUUUCUGAACAGGCCAUUGUGUCCAUUCUGAACUUUGUUGCCCUAAAAUGUGUUGCUGCACUGGAAAGAAAGAACUAGCUUGAAGUUGGCAUGAUGGAUGAACAAUUAUCCUCUUACUUUCAUUACAGUCCUCUUACUUUAUUACAGAGAUACGCUUUUUCUUUUAAUAUUGGAGGAUCUACUUAGCAAACUUUUUUCAAAGAAAAUACUUUAAAUAAAUUCACCACAACCAAACUUUAUGUAAGACAAUUUCAAGGUGUUUCAAAAACACGUACACUACCAAUGUUUAAUUUCACAGGGAACCAGUUAAGAGCACAUUUAAGGAUCUGGCAACCCACCUGACUAAACAAAUUAGUCUUUCUAUUAAUUUGAGAUCUGAAACAACCUGUCAUUACUCUGAUAUCCUGAACGUUUAAGGAUUAUGGAAGAAGACUAAAAUGUUUGAAAUCAUUCAUAUUUGAAAUUUGUAUCAUUAGGUUAAAAAUUACUCUCAGUAUUGUUAAAAAAAAAAAAAAAAAAAAAGUAGAGGCUGACCAAAGAUUAUAUACAGAUAUUUUCUUAAAGCAGGAAACUAAUGUUGCCUAAAAGUCAAGGCAGUUUGUGAAGAUGAUCUGUCAAUAUGGUUAUCCAUCUCUCUAAAGGAAAACAGACUGGGCGCGGUGGCUGAUGCCUAUAAUCCCAAUACUUUGGGAGGCCAAGGCAAGCGGAUCACAAGGUCAGGAGUUUGAAACCAGCCUGGCCAACAUGGUGAAACCUCGUCUCUACUAAAAAA